AUGAGCUUCGUCUUCUCCAACAUGACGCACUUCAAUGCCAACAUUGGUUCGUGGAACACUUCGGCCGUGAAGACCAUGAAGGGCUUGUUUUCCGGAGCUGAGAGCUUCAACAAGUUCAUCGGCUCCUGGAACACCUCGGCCGUCACUGACAUGAACCUGGGAAAGUUCCCUGCUUACAACAGGCUUGGCUGCCAGGUCUGUGAGUUUGGGACGUAUGCAGGAUUGUUGUUCGAAGACCGUUGCAUUUGGUGGCAUUUGCCGUUGAUUGCCUUGGGCAUUGCUGCAUUCAUGGUGGCCUUGCGCUUUGUUGCAGCGCGCAGGAUCCAGGGCUUCUUGGCGGGUUCCGCGGCGCAUGCAUCACCCCGUACAAAGUACUGCUUUAGCUGGUCUUGUGCCAUGACGACCAGGAGCAUGGACUACCUCCUGUCAGACAGCUUUGGAGGCCUGGCCGGGAAACGCACUGGCAAGGUGGACCCAACUUUCAUUGACAUGAAAAGCGCUUUCUGGCUUGCUGAGGACCCCAUCGGAAAGGAUCUCAUUUGCCCUCGGGAUGGCCGACCAGGUGUUGCUUUGGUAGAUUGGAUUCCACGCCGAGCUCGCCGCCAACAGACUCACUUCAUGUCAUGGACAUGGCGAUACAGUUUGGGACAAGUGAGAAGUGCCUUGAAGAUGUAUCAAGACACUCGUGGCAACUCGGAGCCAGUGUUCUUUUACAUGUGCUUCUUCGUGAACAAUCAAUAUCGCAUAAUUGUGGAAGCCACUACCACUGGAAGCGCAGACCUUGAGCAAGUCUUUGAGAAGAACCUGACUCGGAUAGGCCGAAUGGUGGCCAUCUUAGAUUCAUGGCAGGAGCCCGUCUACUUGUCCAGGAUAUGGACCGUCUAUGAGCAGUUCGUGGCAUCCAAGCUUGACAUACAAGUCAUGUUCACCAUGCCGGAAUCGUCCGCAGCGUGUCUUCGAGAGACCGUCACAAAAGGCGGGUCCGGCAUUCAGGAAAUCACCAGCUCUCUCAGCUGUGUCGACUCGGAGAGGGCCGUGGCUUGGAAUCCAGAGGACGAGGUCAAGGUGAAGUCGCUGAUUCAAGAGACGGUGGGCUUCGGGCAUGUGAACCGCCACGUGACCAAGGUGAUGAUCACCUGGGUUGGAGAGGUCAUCAAGGCGCACAUCCAAGACCUCAUAGACGCGGCCCAUGGUGUUCCAAGGUCACGCCCCAGCUCCAGCCAACAUGUGGACGACCUGAUCACAGGUGUGGAUCUCUGA